CUGUCCUGUUUCGACACGCGCGGUGGAGCUAAAAGACAGCGUAUCCUAUCCGGUUGACUAUUACGUACCACACCACCAAAAACCAGCCUUGAAAAUCCUACAUUAUGGCCAUGGAGGAUGUCCAGAUGGCUGAUAUCGCGCCUCCUGAGGAGGUGAGUGGAAUGCUUAGUACAAAUGGUCGUGGUCAUUGAAGCUAUUCGUGACGGGAAAUUUCCCACAGGUCCGCAGGAGAAUCGAAGUGUUAGUCCUGGAGUUUCUGCGUGGUCUCGUCAGCCAUGAACGCCCAAACAUAAAGAGCCUGUCACUUGUGAGUAUGCCACUACUUCCUUCGCGCUUGCGAAACAUUGCAAUUCUUACGAACUUGGACACCAACAGAUUCGGCGUGACGCUUCAAACUUCAGAGCUUAUGGGGGUGACGAAGAAAAUGUCAGACUGGGCCUUGCACACACGUUGAAAGAGCGCUCAUUGACGGGACUGAACGGAAAAAGGGUUCUCCCUUAUGUUCGUGGUAUGCGUUCUGGCCAGCAAAGACGUUCUUAGGAUUUCUGUAUUUUCGACCGAAAUGCCUGACUGGAAUUGGUCAUUACAGUUUGGAAAGUUCUCGCCCUGGUUUACAAGCUACUCGAAGAUGGCAGAAUGUCGACACAGAGAGAGAUCUAUUAUCGUCUGCUUGGUGAAAAUCAAGAGUACUUCAAGAAGCAACGUGAUUGCAACGAGGCCAUUCAAGAUGCAGCUUGGGUAUUUAUGCAUCAAGCAAGGGUACAGUUGCUGGUCGCCUAUCUAUGAGGGAAGGAGAAACUGGACAGUGGAUUGAUUGCACCAGUCGGGGGAGUGCUGGCGUUUCAAUCACUGGGAACUUAUGGAACAUUGAGAAACUGACUUUCAAGACAGAUGCUCGAUACAUUAUUGUAGUUGAAAAGGACACCGUCUUCCAACGGCUUGUUCAGGAUCGUUUGUUCAAUGAGAUUCCGUGCAUUCUGAUCACUGCGAAGGGUUUCCCUGAUCUGGCAACGAGGUAAGAAGGGAGGAAACCAGGGGAUAAAGGGUAUUCCCGUUUCUCUAACUCGCUUUUCCUUUAGCAGAGCUUUUUUGCGAAGUCUACAUCUGCACUACCCAAAGAUUCCAAUCCUUGGGUUUGUGGAUAUGUGAGUGUUCACCAUCAGCAUUUCACUCAAGUUGCACAAGUUAUAUUGUGUUGUGAUGCUCAGUAUGCCUAUAAGUCCGCAGGAAUCCAGCAGGGCUGUCAAUUAUAUGCACAUACAAGUUUGGAUCAGGCCAAAUGGGUCUUGAGGGUCCACGAUAUGGUAUGCCCCUGUGCUUGAGAAAUAUGUAUUUCCUCAUUCAAUGUGCUUUAUUUGGCUUCCUUUGUCGUCAGCAUGUGAUGUGAAGUGGCUUGGACUGAGAUUUGGAGAUGUCAAGUAUGUUCCUGACGAUGGACUACAACCACUGUCAAAUCGGGACAGGGUAUUGGCCCAGAGUCUCAUGCAAACUGCAGCUCUUCAGGUAAGGAUAUCAUCGAGUGUUCCUAGCAGCUAUGUCUUUACCGCUUUCUCAUCCACCAUUCAUGCAGAUGCACAGCUCUUACAUUGAUGAGCUUGAAGCUAUUGUGGACUUUGGGAAAAAGGCAGACAUUGAGGCUCUCCAUUCCAAUGGACCAGAUUUCCUUGUGAAGUUCAUCAUCCAGAAAAUUGUACAUCAGGAUUACAUUUGAGGUUCAAGUAACAGU